CAUCAGAAGCAAAUCCACCUGAAGCACACGAACAAACAGAUAGGCAAAGAGCACACAGCUCCCAGAUUCAGCUCCGCACAGAUAAGUUUGAAGCGGCAUCCUGCAUCCAUCGAUAGAUAUCGACAUGGCGCCGGCUCCCGCUCGAGCUAUUGCGGUGGUGCUGCUCACGUUCGUCUGCUGUGGGUGUGCCAUGGCCGCGGACAAAGCACCGAUCAAAUGGCUGAGGGCGCACGCGACGUUCUACGGCGGCGCCGAUGCCUCUGACACCAUGGGUGGAGCGUGCGGGUAUGGUAACCUGUACUCGGCGGGGUACGGUACGCGGACGGCAGCGCUGAGCACGGUGCUGUUCAACGAUGGUGCGGCAUGUGGACAGUGCUACAAGAUCGCAUGCGACCGCAAGUUGGCAGAUCCGAUGUGGUGCAAACCAGGCAUCUCGGUGACGGUGACGGCCACGAACUUCUGCCCGCCUAACAACGCACUUCCGAGCAACAAUGGCGGCUGGUGCAACCCGCCAAGGCCACACUUUGACAUGGCGCAACCGGCCUGGGAGAAGAUUGGCGUUUACAAGGGCGGCAUCAUCCCCGUCAUGUACCAGAGGGUCCCAUGCGUGAAGAAGGGUGGGGUGCGGUUCAAGAUCGAAGGCCACGAUUACUUCAACCUAGUUACCGUGAUGAAUGUCGCAGCCGCUGGCUCGAUCAAAUCGAUGGAUGUCAAGAGCUCUGAUUCAAACGACUGGAUGUCAAUGUCCGGUAACUGGGGUGCCAACUGGCACUCUCUAGCAAAUCUUACCGGGAAAAUGCUCUCGUUCAGGUUGACUGACACGGAUGGGCAGACGGUUGAGUUCAACAAUAUUGUGCCUGGUGGAUGGAAGUUCGGGCAAACAUUUGCAAGCAAACAACAGUUCAAGUGAUCAUUCUCCGGUGAUCAAUUUAGAAUAUGACCGGUUCAUGAACAUACCAUAUUUACAUUGUAGCAAUAUUGUUGAAUUAAAUUUAUUUGUGCCCUGGUGUUCAAUAAUUAAUUUUAUCCAGAUCUUGUAUAUACGCUACAUCAAUUCAUUAAUAAAGG